CUGUCUUCUUAAUGGUGGUGUUUAUUUUUAAUACUAGAGUUAUUUACUCAUUGUUUAAGGCUUUGCAUUUGCAUUGGUAACUCAUCCAUUCAAUGUUGGAUAUGUUUUUGUUGAGUAUGUGCUCUAUGAAAGGUGCUUCUCUAAAGAUUGAGGUCACGCUGUGAACAAGAAAAUCAUAGGUGUACCUUGGGGCCUACAAUCUCCUGCAUACAAAUUAAUGAGCAAAUUAUAUUCCAAAACCUACCAAGCCCGUUUGCACAGGGGUAAAACUAUCUCUUGAGCAGCAUGUGUUUUCUUUGCAAAGGAAUUAAAAACUUGUCCCAGGAUCUAAUCAACUCAGGUAAGGAAACUUGUGUCUGGCAUAGGUUAGAACUAGAGCGAGCCUCCAAACUCCAGGGCCACUAUGUGUCCACCCAUCUCUUUCUUCCACUUUUCAAGUUCACCCUUGUUCCUAGGAAGAAUGAAUGUGUCUCUCACACAAUAGAGUAUACUGAAAAUGGGCAGUAGGAAUGAACAACGCAAAAACAGAAAACAUCCUUUGCCAAAAAUCACCAUUUUAUUUAUCUGAGAAGACAACUUAGUUUAUAAUACAGGAAACUUUGGAUCACUACUGGAUUUUCAUUGCAAGUUAAAAACACGGGAAUUUGACUUUUAUUCUGUUUGGGAGAGAUAGGAUUAGGAAUGGAAACAGUAUAUAGCAUACUUCAUUUAUCAAGAAUAAAUUGCAAUAACAGUUUAGGACUCUGAGUGUCGCUGUUCACCACUCGGGGGAAAAGGCAACCCGAAAUUUCAUCCGAACAAGAUUUCCGCAGCAUAAAGCACGGAUUCUGGGGCUUUAGGAAGCUUCAAUCUGGGCCCCCGGAGAACUCCAGUACCCAACCGUGAAAACACCUUAUCUUGGAACCCAAAGAUCGUGGGGCUCCUCAGACCUCCAGAGACAACGCCCAAGCUCAGACUAUUCGGCAGCGGGGCUGUAAUGGCGGCUCCUCCUUUUCCUCCGGACUGCAGCCGGUUAGUUUUGAUCUGCAUUCUCCUGGGGGCCCUGUGGGACAUCCGGGCGGAACAGAUCCGCUACUCGGUACCAGAGGAGUUGGAAAAAGGCUCCUUCGUGGGGAACAUCUCCAAGGACCUGGGGUUGGAGCCCCGGGAGCUGGCGGAGCGCGGAGUCCGCAUCGUCUCCAGAGGUAGGACGCAGCUUUUCUCUCUCAGCCCCCGAGGCGGCAGCUUGGUCACCGCGGGCAGGAUCGACCGGGAGGAGCUCUGUGACAGAUCCCCAAAGUGUGUAGCAAACCUGGAGAUUCUCCUAGAAGACAAAGUAAAGAUUUUUGGAAUAGAAGUAGAAAUAACCGAUGUUAAUGAUAACCCGCCCACCUUUGGAUCAGAGCAGAAGGAAAUAAAAGUUGUCGAAAAUCAAAUUCCUGGGACAAGAUUUCCUCUCCCUGAAGCUUUUGAUCCGGAUUUAGGGAUAAAUUCCCUGCAGGGUUACCAACUCAGCUCAAAUGCUUACUUCUCCCUGAAUAUGCAAAGCGGGGAAGAUGGAAUUAAGUACCCGGAACUGGUGCUGGAGCGCGCCCUAGAUCGCGAGGAAGAGGCGGUUCACCACCUGGUUCUCACCGCCUUCGACGGAGGCGAUCCAGUUCUCUCUGGAACUGCCAGGAUUCACAUAACACUGAUGGACAGCAAUGAUAAUGCUCCUGUCUUCACUCAGCCAGAGUACCGCGUAAAUGUCCGGGAGAAUUUGCCUGUAGGCACUCAGCUACUCACCAUAAAAGCCACCGAUCCAGAUGAAGGAGCCAACGGAGAAGUGACAUAUUCUUUCCGGAAAGUAAGAGACAAAAUAUCCCAGCUAUUCCAGUUGAAUUCUCUGAGUGGAGACAUAACAAUAUUGGGGGAUCUGGAUUACGAGGACUCUGGAUUCUAUGAUAUAGAUGUAGAAGCCCAUGAUGGACCUGGUCUGCGAGCCAGAAGUAAGGUUCUGGUGACAGUUCUGGAUGUAAAUGACAAUGCUCCAGAACUCACAGUUACUUCUCUCACCAGCUCAAUCCAAGAGACUUCUGCCCCAGGUACAGUAAUUGCACUUUUCAACGUGCAUGAUAGUGACUCUGGAGAGAAUGGCCUUGUCACUUGUUCUAUUCCUGAUAACCUGCCAUUCAGGCUUGAAAAGACCUACGGAAAUUAUUAUCGAUUAUUGAUACAUAAAACUCUGGACAGGGAAGAAGUCUCAGAAUAUAAUAUUACAGUAACUGCCACUGACCAGGGAACUCCACCACUGUCUACAGAGAUCCAUAUCUCACUGCAAGUGAAGGACAUCAAUGACAACCCACCCACCUUCACUCAUGCCUCCUAUUCUGCCUACAUUCCAGAAAACAACCCCAGAGGAGCUUCCAUCUUGUCCAUGACCGCCCAGGACCCUGACAGUGGUGACAAUGCCCAAGUAACCUACUCUCUGACAGAAGACACAAUCCAAGGGGCACCUCUAUCCUCCUAUGUCUCAAUCAACUCAAACACUGGUGUCCUAUAUGCACUGCGCUCCUUUGAUUAUGAGCAGUUCCAAGACUUGCAGCUACUAGUGACAGCCAGGGACAGCGGGAAUCCUCCACUCAGCAGCAAUGUGUCACUUAGCCUGUUUGUGCUGGACCAGAAUGACAACACACCUGAGAUCUUGUACCCUACCUUCCCUACUGAUGGUUCUACUGGUGUGGAGCUGACACCCCGGUCGGCAGAGCCAGGAUACCUGGUGACCAAGGUGGUGGCAGUGGACAAGGACUCAGGACAGAAUGCCUGGCUGUCCUACCACCUUCUCAAGGCCAGCGAGCCAGGACUCUUCUCCGUGGGGCUGCACACAGGUGAGGUGCGCACAGCAAGGGCCCUGCUGGACAGAGAUGCUCUCAAGCAGAGUCUCGUGUUGGCUGUGCAGGACCAUGGCCAGCCUCCUCUCUCGUCCACUGUCACACUCACCAUUGCUGUGGCAGACAAUAUCCCAGAUAUCCUGGCAGACCUGGACAGCAUCAAUACUCCCAGAGACCAAGACAAUUCAGACCUCACACUGUACCUGGUGGUGGCAGUGGCUGUGGUCUCCUGUGUCUUCCUGGCCUUUGUCAUCGUGCUGCUGGCGCUCAGGCUGAGGCGCUGGCAUACAAAUCGCCUGCUUCAGGCUACAAGUAGUGGGUUGACGGGGAUGCCCACUUCACACUUUGUGGGCGUGGAUGGGGUACACGCUUUCCUGCAGACCUAUUCCCAUGAGGUCUCGCUCACUGCAGACUCACGGAAGAGCCACCUGAUCUUCCCCCAGCCUAACUAUGCUGACACGCUCAUCAGCCAGGAAAGCUGUGAGAAAAGCGAGCCUCUUCUCAUAGCUCAGGACUUAUCUGAAACAAAAGGAGACCCCAGUCUUCUUCAGGUGAGUCAAACUUAUAAUAGCUCUUACCAUCAUGAAACAAAGGGCUCUGUAACUGCCCCUAAUUGUAUAAAAUAUGUAAAUAUCAAAUAA